AUGAAGUUCCUCGCCCGUUCCUCGUCCAAGCAGCUCAAGGAGCCCAAGGGCGGCGAAGAGCCCACCCGAAGGACCUACCGCAUCAUCAAUCGGAGAUGGCCUUUUGUCUCGAGAAAGGCGACGUGGUGGCUGAUGCCCAUUGAGCUGGCUGGUGUCAUUCCCAUUCUUGCUCUCACGAGCAUCGCGCAGCCUGAUCUCUAUCGCUCUGACAUGUGGCGGAUCGGCUGGGAGCACGACCCUCCGCUGAACUCGAACCCGGCCAUGAUUCUGUACGCCUACGCCAACUAUCAGCCACUGCCCAAGAUCGCCCUCAUCUGGACUCGCACAUUCACCGACUACAAUGUGGCCAUUGCCGUCAUUUCACUAUUCUUCCUGCUCAGCAAGCUUACCGCCUUUAUCAUGAAGGUCUGGUAUCCGAUCCUGGCCACCUUCAUCAACGUCAGCAUGGUUACCCUCUACACCGUGAGCGUCUACGGACAGAUUGGACCCGAUUAUGCCGAUCCAGAACAUCCUGCUCCAGCCGCCUGGUACUGGCGUUAUGGCUGUGGCCUUGCCAAGCCAUACGGCAAGUACAAGAGCUGCAGGAUCGCUCAGGGUCAGCUCGUGGUAACGCUCUGGUUGCUCCUGGUCUACGUGGCCAACCUGGCCUUUGCCAUUUAUGCCAUGUGCCCCAACAAGAUUAACGAUAUCCCCGAAGACGACGACGAGGAAGAGGAAUCUACGCCCUCGGAGUCCAAGGAGGGACAAGGUAUUUGGGAGAUGCACAACAUGAAGACACCCACCAGCGCCCGGGCCAUUCCCUUUACGCCCAGAACACAGGCCUUUCACACAUUGGAUCGCCAACUGCCGCUGCGGUCCCAGCAGACCCGGUUUGCAUAA